GGCUCUUCAUAAGCGCCGCCAUCUUGCCUAGUUUUACUUCAGGAUGUUGGGUUUCAUUACUCGUCAAGCGCCUCGUCUUUGGAGACAACCAGGAUCUUUGAUCUUAAGGAGAAGUCUCGCUGAUGGUGCUCCUGCGGUUUCUCUUACGUUUGGGUCGCCUUCAGAGUCAUUUUAUUCAGAAGCUGAGGUGAAGCAAGUUGAUGUUGCAACCACAGCUGGUAGUUUUGGUAUUCUGCCUAACCAUGUGCCCACUCUGGCAACUCUGCGACCAGGACUUUUGACUGUGACUGAUGAGGAAGGUGUUCAUAAAUACUUUGCAAGCAGUGGUACAGUAACCAUCAAUGAUGACUCUACAGUUCAAAUUCUUGCUGAGGAAGCCCAUCCUAUAGAUAGAUUUGAUCCACAGGCCGUCACCCAACAGUUAGAUCAGGCUCAACAAAGCUUAUCAAGUGCAGCUAGUGAAGAAGAUAAAGCAAAAGCACAAAUUGCAGUGGAGUGCCUUGAUGCUCUAAAUAAAGCCUUGGGACAUUGAUAAUAACUCAUUACAUCUCCUCUUUUUUUACUUGAAUUAACUCUGAAAAGCACAGAAGAUUUCUAGUGUGGCGGUGUUGGAUUAAUUUUCACCUCUAACCUGUAAAAUCAUCAUUUGAUGAUGUACUAAGUUUUAGUGGCCUCAUGUUUCACCACUAUUAUAUUUUGUCUUAAAAAAAAACUGGCAAUGUUAGUUGCUUUUAGAGUUACUUUGUCUUGAAUAAAAUGUGAUUAAAACUUACAUUAUGCA